AUGUCUGCUAUUGCUCCAAUUACAGGUACUUUGAAGAAAAGAAUCCUAGCUGAUAUCUUUAUUGGUUUCUCUCUAGGUGGUGCUAUGGCCACUUAUUGGUGGUGGGGUUUUCACAAGAACGUUAUCAACAAGCGUGAAGCUUAUUACGCUCAACUUGCAGAACAAAAGAAGCUUGAAAACUGA